AUGGCUACUACCGCCACCUCAAAUAGUAAUGGUUACAAUAAGGAAUACACCAGUGAAUCUGGUUUGAGUAAUACUCAGGAUCAUGCCCCUAUCAAUGGAGGAGGUGUUAACAGUAACCCCAAUGCCCACGCCUCAAGAGGAUAUGAUUAUGGUGGAAACCCAUUGGCACAUAUGAAUACUGGAGAGUCCGCCCGAUUCCCAGCAUUUGGUGGAGAAUUUCAACCCGGUCUCUAUAAACCUACGACGGAAAGAAAAUUCGCCAAUCCGGCACCUCUGGGUCUCAGUGCUUUCGCUCUGACUACUUUCGUCCUGUCUCUCAUCAAUAUUGGAACGGCUGGUGUUACCAAGCCUAGUAUUGUUAUUGCGCUCGCUUUCGGUUAUGGUGGUCUGGUUCAACUGCUUGCUGGCAUGUGGGAAAUGGCAGUAGGAAACACUUUUGGUGCCACUGCUCUCUCAUCUUUCGGGGGAUUCUGGAUUUCCCUCGCGAUUGUCCUCACACCUGGUGGAUUCCAGAUUGUAUCCUCAUACCAAACCACCGGAUCCGGCAUCAACGAUUUCAACAACGCAUUUGGAUUUUUCCUCAUGGGAUGGUUCAUCUUCACAACCAUCCUCUUGAUUUGCACGCUCCGUUCUACCGUUGCCUUUUUCCUGCUCUUCUUCUUCCUCGACUUGGCAUUCUUGUGUCUUGGAGUCGGUCACUUGCGAGCUAAUGCGGCGGGAGCGCCUCUCUCUGGUGCAAUCAAGGCGGGUGGAUAUUUCGGCUUAUUCGCUGCUUUUAUGGCUUGGUAUAAUGCUCUGGCUGGUCUUGCAGAUGAUAGUAACUCCUUCUUCGUCAUCCCAGUCGCUCAUUUCCCAUGGUCUGUCAAGGGCCGCGAACGUCGCAGCAAGACUGAGCGCGAAACAGUCUAA